AAAAGAUUCAUGUGUUUUUUGCAGGUGGUCCUUGGCUAGGAAGGAAAAAGUCAAGAAGGAAAAAAACAAAGAAAACUAAAACUAAAAAAAAACAUAAAUCAAGAUCACAAGUUAAUGGUAACUCACCUCCACCUGCUCCUCCUCCUGUUGAUGCUGUAGAAAAGGCUCAAGCAAUGAAAGAAGAGUUGCUCAAAGAACUCAACAAAUUUGGUGAUCGCUUGCCACCCAACACACUAGAUCAACUAAUUGAUGAACUAGGGGGACCUGAAAAUGUAGCAGAGAUGACGGGUAGGAAGGGAAGAGUUGUUAGCAAUGAUGAUGGUUCUAUUCAAUACGAGUCACGGUCUGAAAUUGAUGUCCCUGUAGAAACACUCAACAUCACAGAAAAACAAAGGUUUAUGGAUGGUGAAAAGCAUAUAGCCAUCAUCUCAGAAGCGGCUAGUUCAGGCAUUUCCCUUCAAGCAGACAGAAGAGCCAAAAACCAAGCACGAAGGGUUCACAUUACUCUUGAGUUACCAUGGAGUGCAGACAGAGCCAUUCAACAGUUUGGUCGAAGUCACAGAUCUAACCAGGUCAGUGCUCCAGAGUAUUUGUUUCUUAUCUCUGACCUAGCUGGAGAGAGAAGGUUUGCUUCAAUUGUAGCUAAAAGAUUGGAAAGUUUGGGAGCUCUAACACAUGGAGACAGAAGAGCCACAGAGUCUAGAGAUCUCAGUAAAUUUAAUAUUGAUACCAAGUAUGGAAGGGCAGCUUUAGAAUCUAUGAUGAGAGCUAUAAUGCAAAUGGAAAUUCCACAAGUACCACCACCUGAGGAUUAUGAAGGAGACUUCUUUGCUGAUGUCAGAAAAGCUCUUGUAGGAGUUGGACUUGCUACUGAAGACCCUUAUUUAGGGUAUCAGAAUCUCGAGAAAGAUGCCUAUAACAUGAGCAAGUUCUUGAACAGGAUUUUAGGAAUGGAAGUUAAACUACAGAAUAAAGUGUUCAAAUAUUUCACCGACACUCUAGAAGAAGUUAUCUCACAGGCAAAGAAGACUGGGCGCUAUGACCUUGGAAUCAUGGACAUGGGUACAGCAGGAGAUGAAGUUUGUAGAAUAAAGUGUAAUGUAUUCAUCAGAAAAAAUGCCACAGUGCUGACCAGAACAGAACUACACACGGUUGCUGUUGAGCGAGGAAUGAGUUGGGAGGCAGCAUCAAAUUUGUGGAAUGAACUUGAAGGAGAAGAUGAAGGUUUCUACAUUAGUCGACAGGCAAGAAAUGACCACUACACAGCUAUUUUAGCAGUUUGUGACUCUGCAAAAAGGCUAAAGGAUAAACGUGAGAAGAAAGUAACCUUUAGAGUGUAUAGACCCAACACUGGUUUGCAAGCAAAACAAGAAACGUUGUCAGAAUUGAAAUCAAAAUACAAGCGGGUGUUACCGGAUGAUGCAAAACCCCACUGGGAAGACAACUACAAAGGUUCAGAAAAUCUUUGUAGUCAUCAAUUCUGGUAUGGAAGCUGCAGACGGAAAACUAUGGGCUUGACUUGUGAUAUAGGACUGAGAAGACGAACUUACUAUGUUCUGAGUGGGUCAGUUCUGGCCGUCUGGCCCAAGGUGGAAAGUGUACUUCUUUCUGUACAAGGUUCACACAAUUCCAAACUUCAAGUUGUUCGACUACGCACACAGGACGGGCAACGUAUAGUAGGUAGCAUCAUUCCACCAGCCUGUGUAGCUCCCCUCAUCAACAUCCUUUCAGAAGAUUCCAUUAAGGCUUACUGUGACAAAUAUUGAUCAAGGUGAUUUUUUAACCCACAGAUGCCACUAUGACCACUGUAACUGUAAAUGUGUGUGCCGUUUCUUGUAUGAAGUGGGCCUUUUUUUGUGAUAAAUCUUUAGACUGUUUCUUGGUCAGAACCUAUUAGAGCCUGGUGAAAUAAGUAUUGGUAAAACCAGCAAGUGACUGUGAAAAGAAUGAAUUGAAACAAAAAACUGUAGGAACUUCUUAGCUUUUAAGUUAACUCUUCCAUACAUGUGCUCCAGUGUUGAACUUUUCCAUUAGAUUCUUCUUUGAUACGUGUAUGUGUAUAUUAACGAGGAAACUGCAGAGCUAAAAAUUUUUUUUUUUUAUUUAUAUCUUGUAGCAUAGACUUGUCUUCUAGUAUUUGAUUUGUCUUUGAUGUAGAUCUCCUCUCAUUCGUGAUAAACAGAGCCUAUUGCUCUUUCUUUGUUUACAUAAUGCAAUGAGGUUAAUGAUUCUUAGUUCAGCAUCACCUUAUCCAGCAAGCUUGUCUGUAUAGAAAAGUCAAUAAAACAUCUAUCUGGUUAGAAAA